GGCGUUUUUUCACUCCUGACGUGCCUGCCAAUUGAGGAAGGCUACGAAGCUAGGUAAGCACGGGUGUAGACAGAAAGGAAGGCACGAGUACAGGUAGAAUAGAAAACAUUGGGCUGGACGUAAACAUCCCCAACACAACUCUCAACCAUCACACAUCCUUGUUCCUUCACACGCGAUAUAUACACCAUGAAUAACAGCACGAAGUCUACGGAUAGCUCAAGCUUGAGCUUGGGUCUUCCGUCUCUCUCGGUUCCUUCUUCUCUCGUCCGGGACGCUUCUUGGUCGGUUUUUGGGUGGGCUACGGCCUAUCUUGGGCUGAUGCUCGUGGGGUUUCAGCUUUAUCUUGCAAUUCGUGCUCGGUAUAGUUCCUUUGCUCUCUACCCUGGUCAUUUGGUCUUCCUUACUGCCCCCGAAAGCUCGAGAGGCCUCGUUGGAAUGGUCAAGACAGAGCUUAAAGGGUGAUUGGAUUCCCCUCGCUCCGUCAUUAUCAUCCCAACCUGUCCUCUCGAAAUUUCGAGAGAAGUAAAGGAGACUACUUACUAAGCUCUCCGGAUACAGUCCUUGCUCCUGUGUAUCUUACUGACUGACAUAUGUAGAUAUGAAUGGAACACCGGCCAGAGAGUCCCUCCUGUCUUGGAAGAGGAUAGGGGCAGUAGUGCUCGGCCAAGUGGAAAUGCAUGGUUUUGUGGAAGUCUUUGUUGGGUCUGGCGUCAGAUCAGUGAUCGCUGGGACCGAUUUUAGCGUUGGUUCUGGUUUCACCCCCCUCCUGGCUUUGGGAAUAAAUUCCAGAAGAGGUCGUUGUCCGGGUCUUCUGGGGCCAGUGCGCAUACAGCUAGUAAGCUGGAGAAGGGAGAGGGUGGCAUUGAGCCGAAGAACUGGUUCGGGUCGGACCUGUCAGCCGUGACUCCUCAAGUGAGCACGAUGGCAGAGUCCGGCAGGCCGCCAGUCUUCGGUAUGCCGGAAGCGAGGGUAGAGGGGGGGCGGCCGGGGAAGAAGAAGGCCAGACUUGACGACGGGUGUGGGAGAGCCUCGGGCCUUGAAUUUCAACCUCGAGACUCGAUCGACACUGACUCCGGUGUGAGAGGUGAUCGAGGCCCGUCACCUUCACAUACCCAUAGGAGGAAGGUGAGUCCUGAGAGGAAGUGAGAGGUUUAUCUCUCACUUGCUCGCCAAAAUACGCUCAUUUGCUCGACAAAACCCGGGCCGUCUAUCCUUACAUAAGCGCCUGGGGCGGCGAACGGUGGCCUCUUCGAUUUCUACAUUCAUUCCCACUUGUAAUCUGGUCACCCGAUUGCCAAAAUGGCAAAACUAGCAGAUGACCCCCAAGUCCAACAUGCGUCCCUGCAUAAUCCUCUCCCGAUCCAACUGCAUACCUACGUCUGGCCGUUCUUGAUCAUUUGGCCCGUUUUUUUCGCUUUCUACCUGUCCCCCGAUCGCUAUGAUACCUAUAUUCAGGGUCAGGAGUGGACCUUCGUUUUCGCGGGGUCCAUCAUCACGGCCCAGUCGCUCCUGUGGUUGAUGACCAAAUGGAACAUCAACAUCAACACCCUGUUCACUUCUACCCGCGCCAAGUCCGUGGACACUGCUCAGCUGAUCAAGAUCAUCCCCAUCACCAAUGCCGGCUCCGCCGAGAUCUGCCCCCUCCUUCGCGACAACUCCGGCGGCAAGAAGACCAUCUCGUUCCUGUUCCAGAAGCGUCGGUUCCUGUUCUAUCCUGAUACUGGCUCCUUUGCGCCGCUGUCCUAUGCUCUCGAUGCGGAGCCUAAGCCAGCCCUCAAGGAAUUCCAGCGAACCAAGGGUCUCUCUACCAAGGCCGAAGUUGACCGCGUGCAACACCACUAUGGCGACAACACCUUCGAUAUCCCCGUUCCUACCUUUGUCGAGCUGUUCCAGGAGCAUGCCGUGGCGCCAUUCUUCGUGUUCCAGGUGUUCUGCGUUGGAUUGUGGAUGCUGGACGAAUACUGGUACUACUCGCUGUUUACGCUCUUCAUGCUGGUCGCCUUCGAAAGCACUGUCGUUUGGCAGCGCCAGAGGACUCUCAACGAGUUUCGUGGAAUGAACAUCAAGCCCUACGAUGUGUGGGUCUACCGCGAGAACAAGUGGCAGGAAAUUACUAGCGACAAGCUGCUCCCCGGUGAUCUGAUGUCCGUCAACCGCACCAAGGAAGAUGGCGGUGUCGCUUGCGAUAUUCUCUUAAUUGAGGGAAGUGUGAUCGUGAACGAGGCCAUGCUUUCUGGAGAGAGCACCCCGCUUCUCAAGGAAUCGGUUCAGCUCCGACCUGGCGAGGACUUGAUCGAGCCCGAAGGAUUGGACAAGAACUCUUUCGUGCACGGAGGUACCAAGGUUCUCCAGAUUACCCACCCCAACUCUAAUGGUGAAGACAUCUCUAAGAGCUUGCCCAAUGGUGUUACUUCCCCUCCCGACAAUGGCGCCGUGGGUGUCGUUGUGAAGACCGGCUUCGAGACCAGCCAGGGUAGCCUGGUGCGGACCAUGAUCUACUCCACUGAGCGUGUUUCUGCCAAUAAUGCCGAGGCUCUCCUUUUCAUUCUCUUCCUCCUGAUUUUUGCAAUUGCUGCCUCGUGGUAUGUCUGGCAAGAGGGUGUACAGAAGGAUCGCAAGCGUUCUAAGUUGCUUCUGGACUGUGUUCUCAUCGUCACGAGCGUUGUUCCUCCCGAGCUUCCUAUGGAGCUGAGCCUUGCUGUCAACACCAGUCUCGCCGCUCUCAGCAAGUUUGCUAUCUUCUGCACUGAGCCUUUCCGCAUUCCGUUCGCUGGCCGCGUUGAUAUUGCCUGCUUCGAUAAGACUGGUACUCUGACUGGAGAAGACCUGGUUGUCGAUGGUAUUGCUGGACUCACUUUGGGCCAGGCCGGCGCUAUCGUUGAAGCCGAUGGUGCUCACACGGAGCUGUCCAAGGCAUCGGUCAUUGGUGUCGACACCACUCUUGUGCUCGCUAGUGCUCACGCUCUGGUGAAGCUGGACGAGGGCGAAGUCGUUGGUGACCCAAUGGAGAAGGCUACUUUGCAGUGGCUUGGCUGGACUCUGGGCAGGAACGACACGCUUACUUGCAAGGGUAACGCACCAGUCAUCGGUUCUCGUCCCGUUGAGUCUGUUCACGUCAAGAGAAGAUUCCAGUUCUCUUCGGCCCUGAAGCGUCAGAGUACCAUCGCCACCGUUACCUCCUUUGAGCCCAAGUCUUCCAAGAAGAGCAAGUCCACUUUUGUUGGUGUCAAGGGUGCUCCCGAGACUAUCCAGACCAUGCUUGUCAACACUCCCCCAAACUACGAGGAGACGUUCAAGUACUUCACCCGCAACGGUGCCCGUGUCCUCGCUCUCGCGUACAAGUAUCUGUCUACCGAGUCUGAGCUUUCCCAAGGCCGCGUGAACAACUUUGUUCGUGAGGAAAUUGAGUCUGAGCUAAUCUUCGCCGGUUUCCUGGUCCUGCAAUGCCCUCUCAAGGAGGAUGCUAUCAAGUCUGUCCGCAUGCUGAACGAAAGCAGCCACCGUGUCGUUAUGAUUACUGGUGAUAACCCGUUGACUGCCGUCCACGUCGCUCGUCAAGUUGAGAUUGUGGAUCGAGAGGUUGUUAUUCUCGAUGCACCUGAGCAUGACAACUCUGGAACUAGGCUUGUCUGGCGUACUAUUGAUGACAAGUUGAACACUGACGUUGACCCGACCCAGCCUCUGGACCCGGAGAUUCUCAAGAACAAGGAUAUCUGUGUCACUGGUUACGCCCUAGCCAAAUUCAAAGACCAGAAGGCUCUCCCUGACUUGCUUCGCCACACCUGGGUUUAUGCUCGUGUGUCCCCUAAGCAGAAGGAAGAGAUUCUGCUCGGUCUCAAAGAUGCUGGCUACACCACUCUCAUGUGCGGUGACGGUACCAACGAUGUCGGUGCCCUUAAGCAGGCCCACGUCGGUGUUGCUCUUCUGAAUGGUUCGCCCGAGGAUCUGACCAAGAUCGCCGAUCACUACCGGACCACCAAGAUGAAGGAGUUGUACGAGAAGCAGGUCGGCAUGAUGCAGAGAUUCAACCAGCCUGCGCCUCCAGUGCCCGUCCACAUUGCCCACCUUUACCCCCCCGGUCCUACCAACCCUCACUACCAGAAGGCUAUUGAGAGAGAGAUCCAGAAGAAGGGUGCUGCCGCUGCCGCCAAGCCUGGCGAAGAGAUCCCAACUAUCACCUCGCCUGGUGCUCAAGCGCUGCAGCAAGCAAAUACCAAUAUCUCCCCUCAGCAACAGCGCCAGCAGCAGGCCCAGGCUGCCGCUGCCGGUCUUGCUGAUCGACUUACCUCAUCUAUGUUGGAGGCGGAGUUGGAUGAGAGCGAGCCGCCUACCAUUAAGCUUGGGGACGCCUCUUGCGCCGCGCCUUUCACCAGCAAGCUUGCCAACGUCAUUGCUAUUCCGAACAUUAUCCGUCAGGGUCGUUGCACCUUGGUUGCCACGAUUCAGAUGUACAAGAUUCUUGCUUUGAACUGCUUGAUUAGUGCCUACAGUCUGAGUGUCAUCUACCUUGAUGGUAUCAAGUUUGGUGACGGUCAGGUUACUAUCAGUGGUAUGAUGAUGAGCGUUUGCUUCUUAUCCAUUUCUCGCGCAAAGUCCGUUGAGGGUCUCUCUAAGGAGCGUCCCCAGCCGAACAUCUUCAAUGUGUAUAUCAUUGGCUCCGUUCUUGGCCAGUUCGCCAUUCACAUUGUGACUCUGAUUUACUUGACCCAAUAUGUCUACAAGAUUGAGCCGAGAGGAGACAACAUCGAUCUCGAGGGCGAGUUCGAGCCAUCCCUUCUGAACAGCGCCAUCUAUUUGCUCCAAUUGAUCCAGCAAAUCUCGACGUUCUCCAUCAACUACCAGGGCCGUCCUUUCCGCGAGUCUAUUCGUGAGAACCGGGCUAUGUACUGGGGUCUGGUCGGCGCCACCGCCAUUGCGUUCUCCUGCGCCACCGAGUUCGUGCCUGAGAUCAACGAAAAGCUGCGUCUGGUACCCUUCAGCACUGAGUUCAAGAUCACACUCACCGUGCUGAUGAUCUUCGACUACGGCGGUUGCUGGCUGAUCGAGAACGUGCUCAAGAACUUGUUCAGCGACUUCCGCCCUAAGGAUAUCGCUAUCCGCCGCCCCGAUCAGCUGAAGCGUGAGGCAGAACGCAAGGCCAAGGAGGCUGCUGAGGCCGAGGCUGAGAAGGAGCAGCAGCGGAAGGUUUAGACGUGACGAGAAGAGAUGAAGAGUCGAAUGUCUUUCCGUAUUGUAUACUUAGAGGGAAAGAUUGGUUCAUAGAACUGCAUGAUAUAUAAUACAAGUCCCUGUCGAGGCUAUUGCUUGAGAGCUACAUAGUUUCGUUACGUUAUUACUUCAUUGUUACAUCUGGGUACAACUGCACAACCUCUUUUCGUAACCGGGGCUGCCUGAGGUUCAGGCUUUCCAUUAGUCUGCCUAGGCGUCAUCGACCUCCCUGCUCCUUUUAUUUCCAAC